AUGACAGAGGAUCAGGCAAUGAGUGAUGUCAAUCCUGAAGAGCAAUGCAGAUUGCUCAGCGAAGAAAACAAGAAACUGUCAAUUGAUAUCGCGAGCCUGCAGCUAAGCAACAGAAGUCUCGUCAAUCAAAACAGAGAUGAAAAGAAAAAAGUCAUGGAUUGUCGGUUACAAAUCAGCGAUUUAGAAAGUCGUCUUAAAACUCUAGAAAGCACGAAAACUGAAUUAGCUGAUUGCCAAACACAAGCUGAGCGUCUGCGUGCAAGCUUGGAUGCCACAGAAUCUAAGCUAGCAUCAACAGAGAGGCGUGCUACAGAGGCAGAAAGUCUCAUAAGAGUCAAAGACAGUAUUAUCGAAAAGCAACGGAAUUUUUCAAAAGAGCUCGAAGAUCAAGUGAAGAAUUUGACCGAAGAGACCGAGGCACUCAAGUCCAAAUGUGGUAAUUUAGAGAUGAAUCUAAAAGAAGCGCUGGAUAGGGCUGAGGAAUGCGAUAACCUUCGAGAGCUUCUAACAGCUAAGUCCAAACUGCUGGAUGAACUGUCAGAGAGUUCGGAUGGUAUCGGGGAAAGCGGCCUUGCCGCUGCUAACGAAUUUUUUAAAGCACAGGAGGCGAAAAUGACUGAACAAAUUAAUGAAUUGAAACACGCCAGGUCUGAGUUGGAAAAUAGUCUCGCGUCCCUUGCCUCGGAAAAGGAACUCCUCGAGCAAAAGCGAAACAAGUCAGCAUAG